AUGGUUCGGUAUCGUCCCGGCUCCUCGGCCGCGAAACCUUUCCGCAAGAAAACGUUCCACAAGGCCAAGCGCCACAACCUGGUCUUGAACAUUUCCGAGCGCCACUCCAUUGGUGAGAACCAGUUUGAGAUUCUGUUGGCGGCUUUGACGAGCAGCAGUGGUACCUACAAGGAGAACGUCGGUCUCGCGGCCUGCUUUCAGUGCCGCCGGAGUGGGAUUCCAUGCUACUCGGAAGCGGACGCACCAAACGACCCAGAUUUACCUGACCACUGCGCAAACCGCAACUACCUGCCUCCUGCCAAGUGUAUCAUGUGCUACCGCAAGCCGUGCUCGCACUACCUGCAGGCCCACUCGCACCUCGAGCUGGCCCAGCAAUGCCAGCAGCGGGCGUACACGUUCCUCGAAGACCUUGCAGUGCCUCCCGACCGCCAGGCCGAACUCCAGCAGACACUCUGCGAUAUUACGCGCGUAGCUGACAUGUUUGGCGGGGUGCGGUCCAAGACACACGAGACGGUGACCCAGGACCUCACGCGGAACCUUAAACUGCGCCAGAACUUUGAAGGUCAAGGGCUACUGGGAAUGGUGUCGGUGCUGGCGUGGAGCGAGUUUGCCGAGUCGAGCAAGAAGCUCCAAAAGGCCUUGGCCGUCAAGGAGGAGCCCAAAGAGGCGCCCGGGGUGCAGGUCAAGGCCGAACCCGUCGAGGCCCCGGACGCUGCAACCAACCCGCUAGCGGUCGUCCGCUACGACCCUCACGACGACGAGGAUGAGCCCGCCGGUCCCAGCGAGCGCAAACCGCACUUCAGCAUGGGCCCCGCGUCGGCCCCGAAACGUGCCAACGAGGACGACGCAAGCGAAUCCGACCCAUGGGGAUCCGACAUCGAGGUCGUCUUCAACAAGUACAAGGCCAAGGCCAAGGGCAGGUCCAAGUCCAAGUUGUCCAAGCGCCAACUCGACAUCUCCAGUGGCAGUGACGACGACGAGUCAAGCUGCACCGAUAGUACCCUCCUCAAGUCUCUAAAGCGAGGUCUCAAGCGUAUGCGUGAGGAGCGUCGUCGUAAGCGUGGCAGGCAUGGCGGUGGAUCGGUCGGGAGGGAUAGGGGCGGGGGGAAGCAGACCCGCCCCAUAAUGAUUAGUGACUCUGAUUAA